GACAUAACGAGGCAUUAUCCUCCGCUGUGUCAAGAUCUAAGAUCUACAGAGACUUUCAUAACCCCCUGUGGACAGAACAACUAAAAACAAGCAAUGGCGGACGUAUUGAGAGUUGCUGUGGAAACCCUCCGUACUCUUAAAUCAAUACUUUCCCCGACUUAUGGACCAAAUGGGAUUGAUGUAGCAUUGAGGUGCGAUUCUGGCAGUAUUUUAGUCACCAACUCUGGGUAUUGCAUUAUAGAUUCGUUGUCAAUGGCUCAUCCGAUCGGGGUGUUAAUUUGUGAGCAAGUAAAAAGACAUGUUGGAAUUACAGGCGAUGGAUCCAAAGAAAUGAUAAUUCUUUUGUCAGUUCUUCUAGAAAAUAUCAGUAAUAGCACAUAUUUAUCAACCAACUUUUCCAAGCUCACUGCUAUAAAUUCAGCUGUAGCAUCUGCUUGUGCACAAUUGAAUAAUUCUAUGAAGGAAAAAAUCUUGGGGGAUUUGGAGAGACACAGUUUCGAACAUCAUCUUGAUGAUGAUCUUCAUAUUAAAGAAAGGACUGAAAAGUUUUAUAUUAGCUGCAGGCAUGUUUUGAAAACCACAUUGAAUGGCAAGUUUUCUCCAUCAGUUGUUGAUUUGUUGGUUGAAAAAUCAAUAGAGCUUAUUUCCCAUAACAAAAAGCAUCAAACGGAUUUUUCUAAGCAUGUGAACAAUUUGAUAGACAAUUUUCAAGAUAUAUGUGUAACUGCUGAUGGAAUUGAUAUUGCAAAUACAAGAGUCAUUAGUGGUUUUGUUAUCAAACAGUACCCUAUCGAGAAGCCUCCAAAUAUUGUAUUAGGCGUCCAGAGAAGAUUUGUGUUGAUGAAGGACAUUUUUGAUACCAACAACAUCCAGUUUGGCAAAAUUUCAAUAGAAUUCAACAGGAUUAAUAGCGAUUCCUUUUUAAAAAGUAGGUUAUCUGUUUUUCAUAGAGCUUUUGAUGCACUAGACAGCAAAGGUGUUAAUUUGAUUUUGUGUAGUUGCAAAAUCCCAGAUUAUAUACAAUCGUUUUGCAAGAAAAAGUUCAGUGUGUUACAAUGUAUGCAAGAUGAAGAGAUCACAAGGAUUUCAAACUACUUUAGAAUUCUGCCUAUUGGAAGCACUGAAGAAAUAUUAUAUGAAGACUUUUCAUCAAAAAUAGGAGUCCUGUCACAUGCAGAUGAAUUAGUUAUAGGCACAGAACGCUAUAGCUGGCUUUGCCCUGACAACAGCUACAAAGAUUUGGAUGAGGUACCAUGUCAACUUAUUCUUUGCUCAUCACAUCCAGCCAUCGGCAAACAGUAUUAUUCUGCAGUAUUGAGGAUGCUGAAGGUUUUGAAAAUGUGCUUCUAUGAUGAAUAUGGCACCCACCAAAUUGAGCACAAAAGUAUUUUCAAAUAUAUCCCUGGCGCCGGUUUUUCUGAAGCAUACAUUGCUCGAUGCCUACAAUAUGAGGCCAAACAUGCUAGCGAUGAAAGCAUGGAAAUUGUUUGUAAAUCCUUAAGCAGUGCAUGCUUAGAAAUACUGAGAUUGCUAAACAAAAAUGCAUACCAUCCACAGAGAAGAUUUAUAGAAAUUGAAAAUGAAAUACUUAAUACAACUCAAGAAGUGAGUUUUGGCAUUGAUGGAAACAAUGGGAAAGACUCUUCCCCACACCAAACAGACAUAAUUGAACCAUUUUCAUCUAAGAUUUUGCUUUUAAGCCAUGUUCUUCAGGUAGCCCAACAAAUCUUAAGAAUUGAGCAAAUUGUGCCUUCUAGAAAUCCAAUUAAUAUUAAGCCAAAAACAUCAAUGGAAUAA